AUGGUAAUUGAGCCAUCCUUACUCCUUUUCCCCGAAAAUGGGUCGAGAGAGUGGAAGGCCCUGCUACAUCUCAAGCGUCCUGCAGUGAAACGUCGAUGGCCCAUCUGGCUUGCCUCUGGUCUCUCCGCUGGAGCAGCAAGUGUCCGUCCAAUGGGGAUCGAGGAGCCAGCUAGAUGUCAAUUUUUGCAGGUUCUUUUUUACUGUUACUAUGGAGAGCUACUAGCUGUGAGGAUCCUCUACCGUCGCUCAUGGCCUGUCUGCGCCGCCUCGCGCGGAAACGCGGGCGUUGGAUCAGGUUCAAGGAUGGUCCGCGGCCCCUGGACAAUUCCAAACUUGAAAAGUCGAUCAUCGGGGCGGCUCUUACGUAGUGGAAUGAUAACCUCAACAGGAAUCGUUCUCGUGUGGGGGUUGGUAAGGAAGGGCUGCGUUACGUCGCUGGUCCCGCUGGCCGGUUGGCUGGCUGGCUGGCUGGCUGCCGUUGAAAGAUUCGCCAUCCAACGGCGAGCAGCGAUAUGGAGAGGGCGCGCUGCUCACUGGCGACGUGCUGGCUCGUUCGGCACCAUCGCUUGUCGGGAGGAGCGGCCCCUCGCGAGGCAAGAAUUGGCGACUUUGAGGGUUACCGGAUCAGGCAUAACUCAAUACGGGCCGCAUUACCUGGUACCUUGGGACCUCUCUCCGUACGGGCUAGUAUGUAUCUGA